ACCAAUAUUGCAAGAUGGAUGUAAACAAAACAGCAAGCAUCAGCCUCGAGGCACAAAAUGCGAGAAGAAAUCGAAUGACGACCGUAGGAGAGCAGGCUACGUCGAGAAUCUGUUUUGAGAAGUACGACGAGGACAAGACGGGUGAGUUUUGUUUCGUCGAUUUGCGUGUCGAGGAAUGUGUGCCUGCUUUGCAUUGCGUACCAGGUGAUUCAUUGACCGCAUCAUUGCAUUCCCUCUCCGGACAUAGGCUCUCUCAACCGCGUCCAACUCAGCAAUGCCAUCCAAGAGAUCACGGGAGACGACAAGGUCGAAAUGAACCACGUCGAGAUGUUGCUCGACGAAUUUGACACCGAUCACAGCGGGACGAUCGAUUUGUCCGAAUUUCGCGUCCUCGAAAAAUAUCUGAGGAGACACUCAAGAGGGAGAAAGAAAAGUGGCAAAGAAACGAAGGAAAAAAGGAGGUCGUCGGCGAUUUCGGUAAGAAAUGGUCGAUUUCAAUACGUCGUGGUCAUUAUUGAAGAAUCGCUCUAACACCCAUUUGAUUCUAUACUUGACCGAACAAAGGUUUGCAUUCACGAGCUCGCAAUGUUGAUGGAAGAAGAUGAAAUGUGUGACAGCAAGGAGUUCUCUGAGAUAAGCAUCGGGCUCACCAGUCGUACCGAACACAGCAUCGGGCUCACCACUCGUACUGAUGCCACUGUGGGCAGUGGGUUCAAUCUUUCAAGACUCGUCGAUAGGGUUGUUCUGAAGGCCCACCACGACAACAUGUUGAUCCUCCACGAUAUAUCGCACAAGCUCUAUCCGUUCAAAAGCAUGCUCUGUGUCCAAGAUGCCAACUUGGAUCUCACUAUUUCCCAUAACAACAGCCGGGCAUUAGAUUUUGACGCACUUUUCGACGACUCCGACUCCGAUUCGGACGACGAAGAGGAGUCCGAUCCGGACUUUGAAUCACAAUACCCUCCCUCGCAAAUGCGUUGUCUUGCCCUUGUCUCACACAAUGGGAUGAAAAAGACCAUGCGGGAAUUCGUAACUGCAAACAAGAACAUUCUCAAGAAAUUCCGUCUCACCGGAACCAACAGCACCAUGACCAUGCUCACGGAAGUCUUCAAGGACGAAGAACCGGGAACCGUAAUGUUCGGACCCUCCUGCGCCUCGGGGCCGCUCGGAGGUGACGCCGAAUUGGUCGCGCUCAUGGUCUCUGGAAAAAUCGGCGGAGUCAUGUUCUUCCAGGAUCCGAUGGACUCCCACCCACACAGGGCCGACAUCGAUUGUCUGGUCCGCCAAGGUCUUGUCCACAACACCAUCAUGGCCGAGAAUCCUGCCACGGCCCUGAUGCUAUUGGAUACCAUGCGGAACGCCCUCAUGAACGGAAAGGCGGAACUCAUUCCUUCCUUCUUCUUUUCUCUCCAGUCUCCUACAGUGGAGGCCUACAAAAAGAAGCAAAAGGCCGUUGUGGAAAGUCACGCGAAGUAAUCCGAAAAAGGCGUAUUUGUCACACU